CUUCUUUCAGCUUCAUGGGUUCGGUUCCGCUUUUUACUUUCUCUUCUUGUCUUCCCGAUUCUCUCAUGUCUAUACUUCUCCGUUCUCUUUCCUGUGAAGUCUGAGACCGCAAAAAACUCGAAUUCUGGACCGGAGAGGACGAGGGCUCGCUUCUGGGGUUCAUCAAGGGUUCUUAGCUCGUCAUUUCUUGCAGUCUUCCUUUGCGUCUUCCAGAAAUCCAGGAAUUAAAAUGUAUCUUGAGGGAAAGAUGAACUGGAAUGUAUUGAUUUCUCCUGAGCACCUGGAUGGGAAGGGAUUGAUGCUGCAACGCUCUAUAAUCCUACGUCUAUUGGAGGACUUUGCCACUAGGAAGGCCACCAAGGAUCAUGGUUACUUUCUUGCAUUAACUACCUUGGAUAAAAUAGGUGAAGGGAAGGUCAGGCAGGACUCAGGCGAUGUCCUCUUCCCUGUGCAGUUUAGUUGCAUCACCUUCAAACCAUUCAAGGCAGAGGUUUUGCAGGGUGUUGUAACCAGAAUUAUGAAACAAGGGGUUUUUUUGAGAUGCGGACCCGUUGAGCAAAUAUUUCUCUCAGCUACUAAAAUGCCAGAUUAUCGUUUUGUACCUGGGGAAAAUCCUUUCUUUCUCAACGACAAACAGUCAAAGAUGGAGAAAGAUGUAAUGGUAAGAUUUAUGGUGCUUGGGACCAAAUGGGCGGAGGCAGAGCGGGAAUUUCAGAUGGUGGUCACGUUGGAGGGUGAUUUCCUUGGACCUAUUCCAUAAUGUGGCCAUGAAGAGCUUUAAAAGGGCUAGUGAAGUUACAUUAUAACCGAUGUCUACCACGAGUGUCAAUGACAGCAGUCAAAGUGGGUUAAGCUUUGUGAAUGUUAGAUGCAAAUGUCCUGAACCCAAAAGGGCAUUGGUGCGAAUUUCAAAGUCUAGUUUGCACCCAAAUAUGUUGUACUACUGUUGCCCUGAACCACCAAGAGGAUGUCGAUUCUUCUCAUGGUGUGAACCUAUAGCUACACCAAGACUUUUGCCACCCCUUGCAACUAAUUUAAAAGUAGUUGUUGGUGAAAGAAUCCAAAGUCAACAGAUGAAAGAAGAUAUUCGUGCCUUGAAGAAAAGAAUUAAGUAUUUAGAGAAAGUGUAUGGAACGAUGAAAAUUGUAAUUGGUGUGCUUGUGGUGGUGUGUUUAGUGCUAUGUGUUAAAAAAUGACUUUACAAUGUUUAAUAGUGAAGUUGUGUCAAGUAUGUAAGAAUUUGAACUAAAUGAAAUUGUUCAUUCUCACUGUUCUUAUUACUAAGUUAUUGAUUAAUCAUGACCCUCAAAUUGAAUGGGUAGCAUUUUGAUGGA